AUGGCUCCGGAGUAUGCUAUGGACGGAAUAUUUUCAGUUAAAUCAGAUGUUUAUAGUUUUGGAGUUCUUAUAUUGGAGAUUUUAAGUGGGAGAAAGAAUACAAGAUUUCACGGUUCAGAACAUGACGAAAACCUUCUUAGUUAUGCAUGGAAGUUAUGGCGUGAAGGUCAUGCUUUAGAGCUAAUGGACCCGGAAAUGAUGCAGUCAUGUGUUCCAGUUGAAUUUCUGAAAUUUAUCCAUAUCGGAUUAUUAUGCGUUCAGGAAAAUCCAAUAGACAGACCUACAAUGUCAUCCAUAGUUGUUAUGUUGGUAAGUGAUACUGUAACGCUUCCUAAACCAACCCAACCUGCAUUUUCUGUUGGCCGGUUUGUGGGAAAAUCAGAUCAGGCCUCAUCAACAUCUGGAAAAGGCUCUUCUAUUAAUGAGGUAACCCUUUCAAAUGUGAUGCCUCGUUAA